UUAGAGUUUUUUUUUUUACAUUUAAAAGUUUAUUAAAGUGACGAAUAUGCCACAUAAUGUCCACAUUGAUACUGCUCGCAUGAGUUGUUCAUUAUAGGUGCGGUGUAACUCAAUCCACGCAGCCGCCGGCUUUCAACUUCUCUAUAUUUUUUCAUUCAAUCGUUUCUUCUCUCAAACGCCAUUUCUGGACUUCCUUUAAAUCUCCUUUCUUCGCCUUCUAUAGGGUUCUACCAUGGUCACCUGGAUUUGAAAUCUUUGUUUUACUCUCAGCCUCGGUCGGUCGGUCGGUGAUGCUUGGCGUACUCUGUGCACGUCCCAAGCCAUGGAUUUUGGCGGCGCUCUCGUUGUUUCAUGCUCAUGGAUCGACGGCGGUGCAUAAUCGGCUUGCCGGCAGUCCAAUCCGGUCAGUUCUCGUCAACGGCGAUGAUCAUCGGCGGUUUCACCACUCCACCGCUUGCCGAUUCAGCAGCGUCAAUGCUAGGCAGGGCGGCGCCGCGUCCAUAUGGCACGCGAUUCUGCCCGCUCGCCGCGGCCGGAAGAGUGUCUCGAGUAGGUCUGCGGUUUUUCACCGUCACAACUGUGAGCUGACGAAGAAGGGAGGCGAAGGUUCGUGGAAUGCGGCGUGGGAUGCGAGGCCGGCGCGGUGGCUGCAGAAUCCCAACUCCGCCUGGCUCCUCUUUGGCGUCUGCCCCUGCUUAGCGGCGCCUCCGCCCUUUCUCGAUCUUCCCGAGGCUAAUUCCGAGGCCACCAUUUCUCCAGAAGGCCAAGUCGGUGUCCUGAACUCCGAUUCAUCCGCCCACACUCCUUCCAAUUACACAGUCACAGGAGUUCCAGCAGAUGGUAGAUGCUUAUUCAGAGCCAUAGCACAUUUGGCUUGCUUAAGGAAUGGGGAGGAAGCUCCUGACGAGAAUCGACAGAGGGAUUUGGCUGAUGAAUUAAGAGCUAAUGUUGUUAAUGAGCUGCUGCAAAGACGCGAAGAAGCUGAAUGCUUCAUAGAAGGAGACUUUGAUGCAUAUGUUAAAACAAUUGAGAAGCCAUAUGCAUGGGGUGGUGAACCAGAGCUGCGGAUGGCUUCUCAUGUCCUCAAGACACCAAUUUCCGUUUUCAUGGUAGAUAGAAUCUCGGAGAAGUUGAUAAACAUUUCAAACUAUGGUGAAGAAUAUGCUAAGGAUGGAGAAAAUUCCAUCACUGUUUUGUUUCAUGGUUAUGGUCACUAUGACAUAUUGGAGAUCAAGCCAGAGCUGUAAGGUAGAAUCAAAGGGGGUGCAGCGACAUAGUACAGAUUUUUUUAUUGAUUGCAUAAAGAGGUCGGUAAAGAUUAAAAUAUGGGUUUAAAGUAUACAUCCAAGAAGAAAAAACAUAAGUUCUUUUCCUAGUCGGUUGAUGAUCAUCUUGUUUGUGGCUUUAUUGAUUUAUUGUAUUGACAUUUUUUUAAAGGUAGGGCUGUGACAAUUUUGUAGAUUUGGCCAUCUGUUUCUAGUUGGCAGUUGGAAAAUUUGAACUUGUAGAUGUUAAUAAAGCAUCCCCUUCUCUGGUAUCACCUUUGAAUGCCAAGUUUUUAGUAUGAAAGGUUGUCUUGAAA